AUGGUUGCAAGCCCAGGCAUUCAGGAUGUCGCACAGUUGCGACAGCUGGAUCCUCGACAGACUGUACAAAUGUUGCGCAGCGUUACAAAAAAAGGACUGGACGAGCACGCGCUGGCCUUUCUGGACUCUCUCCGAGCCCAGGAGUGCGAGCUAAAUGCGUUUCACUAUGGCGUCUCCAUCAGCGCGUGUGCAAAGAACGGUCUUUGGCAGAAUGCCCUGGGAUUUCUCAACGGCAUGACAAGCUCGCUAGUGGAGAGAAAUAUGGUGCACUUCAAUGCGUGCAUGGACGUUUGUGCCAAAUCGGCUCAGUGGCAAGUGGCAGUUGCCCUUCUCGGCCAAGUCGAAUCGUGCGAGGUGGAGCUGAGCACAGUUCUCUUCAAUUCCUGCAUCAAUGCUUGCGACAGGGGCGGCCAGUGGCAAAGUGCAAUACAGGUCUUGGAAACCAUGCAGCGCUGUCUUGUGGACUGCGACCUCAUUACCUGCAACGCGUGCUUGAGUGCCUUGAGCAAGGCUUCAGAAUGGCAGCUGGCUGUCACCCUCCUGUCUGCAAUGUCCGAGGAGACUGCUCCAGACACCAUAAGCUACAAUGCAUGCAUCAAUGCUUGUGAAAGUGGUGGCUUGUGGCAAGCCGCGCUUCAUCUUCUCGAGAGCAUGAAGUCACGCAGAAUCCCCACCGCGACCCGCACUCUUAAUGGCUGCAUCGCAGCCUGCGGAGGGUGCAUGGAGUGGCAGAUGGCUUUUGCACUCAUGGAGGAGAUGCUUGUGACGAGGCUGGAGUACUCGGCUGUAACCUACAUGGCUGCUACGAGAGCUUGUGGCCGUCGUUGGGAGCAUGCACUGAGCCUGCUCUCGGACAUGACUGAUCGCAGUUUGGUAGACUGUCUCGCAUACAACUCCUGCAUUUCGCACCUAAAUGGAAACUGGAAGAUUGCGCAGUCGCUUCUUGAGAGCAUGGAAGGUCUGCAGCUUCAAGCAAACGAAGCGACCUGCACCAGCUUGAUCCACGUCUACGGCGAGGGUCUUCAGUGGCUGCGAGUAUGUGGAAUCCUGGAGGAGAUGUCCGGCCGGUUUAAGGUCAGUCCUGGCAUUGCAUGCAGCGCAGCAAUCAGCGCUUGUGAGGGCAGCAGUGCCUGGCCAGCGGCAUUGAACGUUUUGCAGCAGCUUUCCACUCGUUCCGACAUGGCUCCUGGCAGCGCAGAGGCGACGAAGGUGCAGACGACGGCAAAUGCGCUCUGCAUCAGUGCUUGCUCCAAAGGGCGAAACUGGCUGGUCGCCUUCGGGCUGCUGCAACAAGCUCUGCAGACACAACUACGGAUCAGUCAGGCUACACUGGACGCUUGCAUCAAAGCCGGUGAGAAGGACGCUCAAUGGCAGCUUUCAUUGAAAGUGCUGAGCUCCGUAGUGGAUGCAGGGGUGUGCGACGCAUCCGCCUACUUCGUGACCAUCGGUUACUGCGGGCGGGUGAACUGGCAGAUGGCCGUGCAUCUACUGGACAGUGCGAGCACAUCAGGGUUGCAGCCGGAUGCUUUUGUCUGCAGUGCGGUCAUCACCGCUUGCGAACGGCAGAGACAGUGGGACCAGGCUCUGCAAGUCUUCACGGACAUGCGCAAGUGGCAUCUCGAGCUGAACGAAAUGUGCUGCACGGCCACGAUGAGUGCAUGCUUGAAGUCAAGUCGUUGGGAAGCGGCGUUGCACCUAUAUCGUUUGCUCGAAGCCUCUGUUGACCAACCUGGUGCUGUUGCUCGGUGCUUGCUCAUUGAUGUGUUCUCUGCGGCCGGCCUCUGGGAGCACUCGCUAUCCAUCUUCUCGUCGAUGACGUCCUUGAGGUAUGAGGCCGACGCAGUUGGCUGCAGUGCUGUGAUGAGAGCAUGCGAACGCCGUGGACAAUGGAGACAGGUGUUGGCCCUAUGGCCGCAUCUACAACAGUUGCAGUGGCGUGGUCAUAUGGACAGCACUGACACGGAGCCUUUUGAGUUGCACUCUGUCGGUCCAGCGGAUGUAACUGCCUUCCUGGAGCGUGCCCUGGAACACCAGUGGCUCCUUGGCUAUCCUCUUCUACCUCCAGGGGAGGACCAGCUCACUCACGGACUGUACAAGUACAUGGCCGGAAUGCAAGCGAUGGCGGCUCGAGAGUUGAUCAGUCUUGUGGUGGAGCAGGGUUCUGUCCUGGAUCCGUUUUGUGGCUCUGGGACAGUCCUGAUCGAAGCUUGCAUUGCGGGAAGAUCUGCAAUCGGCUGCGACGUGUCGCCGCUGGCAAGUUUCGUAGCUUCUCAGCAUGUAGAUGCAGAGGACGUGGAUUUGGCGGCUUUCGAUGCCGCGGUGAUGCGUGUGGUUCGUGGAAUCAGUCUGAGCCCGGAUCCGUGGAAGCAGCUCCAGACAAACAUCAUCGCAUUGGGCGAUUCUGCCGUUCAAAGAAGUUUGCAGUUCACAUACCUGGUCGCUUCCCAAGCAUCCGAAGAUGACACGUAUUGGCAGUCGUCGGCUAAGUUUCAGCAUGCUCAGCUUAAGAAGGAGGCGGCACCGCGGUUUCGGGGCACAGCCCGCCUGGUAAUUGCACGGUUGCGGUCACUGCGGGCGUGCAGUUUCGGACGGGCGGAAGUGAUUCAAGGGGACUGUAGAGACCUGCGUUUGGCAAAGCCUGUGCAUGCGAUCAUCACCAGUCCUCCAUAUCCUGGCGUCUACGACUACCUGACGACAGCAGAGUCAGCAUCGGCCAUCUUGGGAUCCAGGUGCAAGCUUACUUCAGAGGAGAAAAGGCUAGAAAUUGGACGACGAACUCUCUGGCAGAAGCACAGCUUCGAGGAGUUUGCAGCAUCAUGGCAGCGUGAGCAAGAACAGUGGCUCCAAGUUGCUUGGAGCCUCUUGCUACCAGGAGGAACUGCUUCUCUAAUGAUCGGCAAUGGUGACAGAGAUGCAAGCGAGGAUGGUGCCUUUGACAACCUGCGUUGUACCGCGGAUGCUGCAGAGAAGGUUGGGUUUCAAGUGGUGGCCACAUCUACGAUAGCUUCCAAGCGCACCAGUCCAUCCGAUCGCUCCAGGGGCAGGCGGCGGACGGAACAUAUGAUCCAUUUACUCCGACCGCCGGAGCAUGCGCAUGCGAAUCAGAAUGCGAAUUAA